CGAGUCUCCUUCUGAGAUCCACAAAGCGUCUCGUUUUCAACGCCUCCCCAGCUUCUCUGUCUGCGCUCGCCAUGGGGAUUAGGGUUUUGUCCGUCCUCUUCGCGAUCCUCCUCCUGGCGUCUCCGCUCGUCAUCCAAGUUGUUAGAUGUGACGCGGAUGCAAGUGAGGUGGUUGCUGAAGAUGGAGGUGAACUUGGUAUAGUCGGUGAUGAGGCACAAGACUUUGGUGAUGCCGUCCUUACCUCAGCUUCUGGAGUCAAUACUAUAUGUGUAUUCCCCAAAAACCCAAAACGACUGAUUCCUGCAGGCGAGGAAACUGAAUUGCUUGUUGGAAUGCAUAAUGAGGGAGAGUCUAGUUUAAAUGUCCUUGCUAUCAAAGCGAGCCUUCACUUUACUUUUGAUCACCGCAUGUUGGUUCAGAACCUUACUGUGCAGGAAUUUUACAAUGCUACAGUGUCAUUAUCUUCGCAAGCAACAUUCCCCUAUAUUUUUGCUGUCAGCAAAUAUCUGCAGCCUGGCUCAUUUGAUUUAGUUGGUACCGUAAUUUAUGAGAUAGACCAGCAUCCAUAUCAGAGUGUCUUUUAUAACGGUACCAUUGAAGUUGUUGAGGCUGGAGGGUUUCUCAGCAUGGAAUCAGUUUUCCUUGUGACUCUUGGUGUUGCCCUUCUUGGCUUUCUUGGACUCUGGGCCUAUGGGCAGAUACAGCAGUUGUCGAAGAAAACAAAGAGGGCCCCGAAGGUGGAAGUAGGCACCAGGACCACAGAAGCUAAUAUGGAUGAGUGGUUAGAGGGAACUGCAUAUGCUCAGUCUCUUUCAAGCAAAUCGAAGAAGAAGAAGUAAAGUCGCAUUAGUACUGAUGCUGUAGUUUGUAAGCUACAACUUGGUUUUUAGAGCAGGCGGAUGUUUGUUGAAAGAGAACGUUAAUUUGAGGCUGUACUUUGAUAGUCUUCUUUUUGUGUAAUAGUUCAUCUGGAUGGGGAAUUUAAUGAUCCCAAGCUAAAGAAUUUAUCUGAACUCUGGAGCUUCGGCAUACAUAGACUUGCAUUGAUUUUACAUGUUUUUUUUUAUGGCUUUA